AUGGUCAUCCCGCACACGGCCCGUGCGGUAGCCCCGGCCGCCGCGCCGCGCCGCGCCCUGCACUUUGCGCGGAUCGCCCCGCCCAGCGCCCCUCACCACCACCACCUGCCGUUCCGUCUGCCCUGGGCGCACGCGGCGGCGGCGAGCGGCGCCACAACAAAGCUCGACGUCGACUUCAGUGGCACCUGGGUCAAGGACAAGGCGCGCAGCGACAGCAUGGACGAAGCCAUCCAGCUAAUUGCGCUAGGCGGCCUCAUGCGGCAGGCCAUCAAGCUCAUCAGGGGCGUCCAGAUCAAGCAGGACUCUGAAAAGUUUGUGUUCUCAGUGCUCAGUGUGUUCACGUGGUUCAAGGCGAGCUCCAUCGCGGCCGCGCCCCGCCGCCCUCCCCCACGCGUCACCGAAACAUACCCUUUAUCUGGAGAGCCGGCCCGCUGCAGGCGACGCGACUUCCGGGGAGGCGGCCACGUUGGGCGUGUGGAGGUGCCAAGCCCGGACAAGCUGCGGCUCGUUUUGGAGUGGGGCGAUCCGCACGGCGGCACAGGGGAGGACGUGUUCUCCAUGCCCAGCCCAGACGAGCUGAUUGUUGACCAGGUGACGCGCGCCAAGGGGCCGGACGGCGCCGAGAAGGAGGUGCGCUACCGCUCAGUCUACACCCGCAAGAAGUGA